AUGUCUACCACUCGCUUCUCCACGUCGCUCCCUCUUCCCGGUUAUGGCAGCCAGUCUCUCGUCGCCGAAGUCCUUGGCGCCGACGCCACAGCGACCACUUACGUCUUGAACUGCCCCCCUGGCACCGAUGGCAACGACUGUGGCACCUACAACAACACAGUCACUGUUGGACCCUGGGGAAGCAAAACUAUCCCGGCUGGCGCCGCCACCACAGGAAAUCUGGACAUCUUCAUCACGAUGUCAUCUGACGACGAGGAUGAUUGGAAGAUGUCUGUUCACUGCAAGAUGUCCCACACCGUAGCUAAGGCUUGCACCACCAUCAACCUGGGUGGAAAUGAUGAUGGAUCUCCCACUGCCACCGUCACCGCUUCUGAUGAGCUGGAAAUGUUCGACCUUACUUACGCGCCUGUCGUCAUUACCGCUGGUUUGGACAUUCUUAACGCCAAGCACACUGGCGUUCCAGAAGCCAGCGCCACCACAACCAAAGGUUCUGAAGAGGGCACCGCUACACCUACAACUACUUCUGGCGCGUCGACAAGCUUUACGCGUGUUUUUGGAGCCAUGUCUGUUGCUGGAAUUGCUGCUUCUGUUCUUUUGUUCUAA